AUUCUCCUUACCUUCCAACAUAUAUAGACCAUGGUUUUAGCAGAUUUAGGGAAAAAGAUCAAUUCUGCCCUGGCAGAGUUGACUAAGGCUCCCGUAAUUGAUGAAAAGGUUCUCGAUGCCAUUCUGAAGGAUAUUUGUGGUGCUUUAAUUACAUCAGAUGUUAACAUCAUGUUGGUUGGCAAACUACGAAACAAUGUAAAGAAAGCAGUCAAUGUCUCUGAACUGGGUGGUGGUGUGAACAAAAAACGAAUUAUUGAAAAGGCGGUUAUGGAUGAAUUAUAUAAUUUGGUAGAUCCAGGUGCUGAACCAUAUAAACCAGUGAAACGAAAAGCGAAUGUAUUUAUGAUGGUGGGUCUUCAAGGUGCAGGGAAAACAACAACAUGUACCAAGUUGGCUUCUCACUAUUUACGCAAAGGAUGGAAAACAGCUUUGGUAUGUGCAGAUACCUUCCGUGCUGGUGCUUUUGAUCAAUUGAAACAAAAUGCUACAAAGGCCAAGAUUCCUUAUUAUGGCAGUUACACUGAAACGGAUCCUGUUGCUAUUGCUUUAGAAGGUGUUGAAAAAUUCAAAGCUGAAAAAUUCGAAAUUAUUAUUGUGGAUACCUCUGGUCGUCAUAAGCAAGAAGCUGAAUUAUUUGAAGAAAUGAAGCAGAUCUCAGCAGCAGUGGAACCUGACUCGACUAUAUUCGUUAUGGAUGGAACAAUUGGGCAAGCGGCUGAAGCACAAGCAAAGGCAUUCAAAGAGGCAGCUAAUUUUGGUUCUAUUAUUAUGACUAAAAUGGAUGGACACGCAAAAGGUGGUGGUGCUAUUUCAGCUGUUGCAGCAACUCAUAGUCCCAUUAUCUUCAUUGGUACCGGUGAACAUCUCCAUGAUUUGGAUCGUUUUGAACCAAAACCAUUUAUUCGCAAGAUGCUUGGCAUGGGUGAUAUGCGUGAACUCGUUGAAACUGUACAAGAUAUGAGUUUGAAUCAAAACAAGAAUUUAAUGGAAAACAUUAAACAAGGUCAAUAUUCUCUCCGUGAUAUGUAUGAACAAUUCCAACAAAUUUCAAAAAUGGGUCCAUUAUCAAAAAUUAUGGGUGCUAUUCCAGGUAUGCCAACUGAAAUGUUAGCAGGAUCUGAGGAAGAAGGUAGCAAAAGAAUCAAACGAAUGAUGUGUAUUAUGGACAGUAUGACCGACUUGGAGUUAGACAGUGAUGGUACUCCUUUCCAAAACAAUCGAACGAGAAUUAUCAGAGUAGCUCAAGGAUCUGGUACUAGCGUACAUGAAGUAGAAGAAAUAUUAUCACAAUAUCAACGUUUCAGCUCUAUGGUUAAGACAAUGGGUGGCAAGAACGGCUUAAUGAAUAACUUACCAACAGAUCCAAAGAAAAUUAAUCGCAACAAUCGUGCUCAAAUGCAAAAUAUGGCCAAAGCUCAACAACAAAUGGCGAAUAUGAUUCCUCCAGGCAUGUUACAACAAAUGGGUGGCAUGGAAGGAUUACAGAAUAUGGCAAGAAGUAUGAUGGGCGGUGGUGCUGGUCGUGGCCGUGGUGGUGGUAUGCCUGAUCUCUCUCAACUUAUGAAACUAAUGGGUGGUGGUCAAUGAUUGGGUUCAACAAAAAUAAAAAAAAAUAGCAUAGUAGUAGCAGUAGUAGUAAUAGCUUUUUAUUAUCAUUAUUAUUACUUUUAAACUAUUUUAAAUAUACAUUCUUAUUUUAUAUCAUAUCUCUCUCUCUCUCUCCAUCUCUGUUAUUUGAAAAAGAAAAUCUCCAGCAAUAUUUGAACUAUAUUAAUAGGAUCAACAUUAUUAGCAGCAGAUUUGACGGGGCUUGAAC